GCCAGCGGGUGGUGGGGUUUCCGCUUCCGGCGCGCCUCGCUCUGGUCCCUGCGGCUGGCGGCCGAGCCUUGUGCCUCCGCCAUAUUGUCUGUGUGCGGCCGGCGGGCGGGCGGUGAGCGGGCGGCCGCAGCAGUUGGAAGAACCAGAGGCCUAUCUGAGGCCUUUCUCCUCUAUCCUACUUUGGAGAUUGGGUAGCCUCUGGUUUCAGACCUCUCAUCACUUCCACCUGCCAACCUGUCUGAUAUGUCGGGACCCGUGCCGAGCAGGGCCAGGGUUUACACGGAUGUGAACACACACAGACCCCGGGAGUACUGGGACUACGAGUCGCAUGUGGUUGAGUGGGGAAAUCAAGAUGACUACCAGCUAGUUCGAAAAUUAGGCCGAGGCAAAUACAGUGAAGUAUUUGAAGCCAUCAACAUUACAAAUAAUGAAAAAGUAGUUGUUAAAAUUCUCAAGCCUGUUAAAAAGAAGAAAAUCAAGCGUGAAAUCAAGAUCUUAGAAAACUUGCGAGGCGGUCCCAAUAUAAUCACUCUUGCAGAUAUAGUAAAAGAUCCUGUGUCUCGGACCCCUGCUUUGGUUUUUGAACAUGUAAACAACACAGACUUUAAGCAAUUAUACCAGACAUUAACAGAUUAUGAUAUUCGAUUCUACAUGUAUGAGAUUUUGAAGGCUCUAGAUUACUGCCAUAGCAUGGGAAUCAUGCACAGAGAUGUCAAACCUCACAACGUCAUGAUCGAUCAUGAGCACAGAAAGCUUAGACUAAUAGAUUGGGGUUUGGCUGAGUUCUAUCACCCUGGCCAGGAGUACAAUGUCAGAGUGGCUUCCAGAUAUUUCAAAGGACCUGAACUCCUUGUAGAUUAUCAGAUGUAUGAUUACAGUCUGGAUAUGUGGAGCUUGGGUUGCAUGUUGGCUAGUAUGAUAUUCCGAAAGGAGCCAUUUUUCCAUGGCCAUGACAACUAUGAUCAGCUGGUGAGGAUAGCCAAGGUGCUGGGAACGGAAGAUCUGUAUGACUACAUUGACAAAUACAACAUUGAACUGGAUCCACGUUUCAAUGACAUCUUGGGCAGACACUCCCGCAAGCGAUGGGAGCGCUUUGUUCAUAGCGAGAACCAACAUCUGGUGAGUCCUGAAGCUCUGGAUUUCUUAGACAAGCUGUUGCGAUAUGAUCACCAGUCACGCCUCACAGCAAGAGAAGCCAUGGAACACCCCUACUUCUAUCCCAUUGUGAAAGACCAGGCUCGGAUGGGCUCGUCCAACAUGCCGGGUGGCAGCACUCCUGUCAGCAGUGCAAGUAUGAUGUCAGGGAUUUCUUCAGUGCCAACACCUUCACCCCUUGGACCUCUCGCAGGCUCACCCGUCAUUUCUGCCACCACCACCCUGGGGAUGCCCGUUCCAGCUGCUGCAGGCGCUCAGCAGUAGUGAUGGGUUCUGUCUCCUGCUGCCUGAGCUGAGUCAGGUGGGGAAGAGGUUUCCCCCUCCGCCUCUCCUCAGGACGCAGCUCGUGCCUGGCAGGGGAAGGGAGGGGAUGAUGAACGCUUUGGAGGCACCGUGUCUGAACUGUUGCUUGUGGAUUUAUAGUAGUUCAGUCAUUAUAUACAAAAUUAUUAUAGGCUGAUUUUUUUUUUUCUUUUUUUACUUGAACUUUUCGUAACUCAGGGGAUUCCCUGAAAAUACCUACAGAUGGAAGAUUUCUUGGACAGUUUCCCUCCCCCCCCCCUUCCAUCCCUCCCCACCCCAAAAAAAAAAGAAAUUACUCUUCAGUUAAGAGCAAAGAUGAAUCAACAGCAUUUCCAAACUAUUGCAUCCUGCUGGAAAUCUCUUCACGUUCCCACCAUUAUUCCUCCACAAGCAUCAUCCACCCUGGGGGGAUCGUGCUGUUCUCCAGAUGUUACCAACCCAAGUCUUCACGAGGCAGGGGAGGGGGAUUCUUUAAGUACCACUCACUCACUUUAACCCCAACAGCCUGCAAUAUGAUUCAGUACAUUGAGGAGACAAUUCCAGUACGGAGAGGUGGUAUAAACCAUAAAAGAAAUGCAGAUAACGUCUCAAACCCUGUUUUGAUCGAGUCAUCUCUCCUUAGGAGCCAACCAAAAUGCCAAUUCACCCCCUUUGCAUGUAAUUUUAGUCUUAAAAGUGACCGAUCCAAUCGAAGUCCUCACCGCCUCCUGUUCAAGGUGCUGUUCUGAGCCGUCCUCCCAUCAGCACCUUCCACAUGAGAAGGGGAGAGGCUUCCUGCCAUUGCUUGGCUUUGGAUCUCUGGAAUUAAGUUUGUUCUUGGGUCUAUUGUUUUUAACUCGUCGAUCUAGGUUUCGAGCCGGUGGCAACUUGAAAAGCCGGAAUAAAUCAGACUGCGCCAAGUCAGAUAGAGAACAUCUUCACCCACCAUCCAUCCCCUCCCUCACGUGCCAUGUGGUGAGAGAUACCAGUUACCUCACAGCCCUGUAAAUAUGCACUGAGAGGAAGGAAGGAGCCGAGCAGACUUUAACGUAAAGCAAACAGGUAGAUCAGUCAUUGUGGACAAAUAUUAGCAUUGACAACAAAGAAGAAACUAAAAGAUAAAAAGCAACCGCCCCCUGUUCCAGCCCUGCUCCCCGUUGCUGUGUAUAUAUCCUUUGUCCUUCAUAUGUGAAAGAUCCAGUGUUGGAAUUCUUUGGUGUAAAUAAACAUUUGGUUUUAUUUAUCGAG